AUGCCGCCGCGGCGUAAAAAGACCCCGGCGCACGCGCCGCCGCCCGCCGGCGAGGAGCACCGCUACGCGACGCAGCGCUACUGGGCCGCGCGCUACGCGGCGGUCGGCGACGGCGACGUCUUCGAGUGGUUUUUGAGUUUUGACGAUCUGCGGCCGCUGCUCGGCUUCGUCAAGCGCCGCUCGUCGGUCCUCGACCUCGGCUGCGGCACGUCGCGCCUGCUGUGCGACAUGCGCGAGGCGGGCUACGCGGGGCGCCUCGUCGGCGUCGACUGCGCGGCCGCGGCCCUGCGCAGCGUGAAGGAGCGCUCCGAGUCGUGCCACGUCGAGCUCGUCGAGGCCGACGCCACGACGCUGGCCCCGUUCGCGGACGCGACCUUCGACGUGGUCGUCGACAAGGGCACCGUCGACGCCUUGAUUUCCGGCGACGCCGCGGCGGCGACGGAGGCCUGCGCCGCCGCGGGCCGCGUCCUGAAGCGUGGAGGGCGCUUCGUCGUCGUGUCGCACCGCAGGCCGGACGGCGACGACGCGUGGCUCGAGGCCGUGCUCGCGGGGCUCUCGGAGGUCGACGCGGCCUGGCGCGUCGACGCGCACGCGUCGGCCGGGCCGGCGGUCUACGUCUUCACGAAGCGCCGGUCGGCAUGCAGGGAAGUGGAGCUCGUCGUCCACGAGUACGGAUAA